AUGGGGCUCCGCAAAUGGAUCAGCCGGCCAAUGAGGGGCCAUCAUCUUGGUGUUGAAGAUCUUACUACUGGAGAGGAAGGCUUGCCAGCCUCUAUGCGACGGAAAUGGACGCUCCAAACGAUAGACUCUGCUCCAUUCCAAAUAUGGGUGGUUAUCGUUGCUGGCAUUGGAUUUCUCACUGAUUCUUUUGAUCUGUUCUCCCUGAACGUAGUCACACCCAUGAUUGGCUACGUUUACUGGCCCCAGAGUAUGGACGACAAAAGCAAUAUAUCCAAAAUACCCAAAGUUCCAAAGGAGGUCGCAACAGCUAUGAUGUGCGCAACACUCGGCGCAACAAUGAUUGGACAAGUUGCUUUCGGUUUUGCUGCCGACAUCCUUGGUAGACGAAAGAUGUAUGGCCUGGAGCUGGUAAUCGUCAUUGUCGGCACCAUGCUCAUGAUCAUGAGUUCCAGCGGCGAGAGGAACAGCAUGGCAGUCGGAGGAUGGCUAAUAGCAUGGAGAGCAGUCAUGGGCCUGGGAAUCGGUGCCGAUUAUCCUCUUUCAGCCGUCAUUACGAGUGAAUUCGCACCUCGAAAAUACCGCGCUCGAAUGCUCGCGGCUGUUUUCUUCGCCCAGCCCAUCGGUCAGCUACUCGCAAAUGUUUUGUCCUACGCAGCUGUGGAAGGAUUCAAGUCUCACAUCAACGUCACUGCUAAAGAUUGUCGCAAUGAUGAUCAGUGCAUACGCGCUGUUGACCGACUAUGGCGUCUUGUGGUUGGAAUCGGAAUCGUCCCUGCGGUCAUUGCGCUUGCAUUUCGGUUCACUAUACCGGAAAGCCCUCGUUUCAAGCUCGACAUCUUACAGAAUGUUCAGAGUGUGUUUGAAGACACACAAGAUUACUUCGGUGGACCAAAGGUUGAUGAAGAAGACGGAGAACUUGAUGCUCUGCCAACAUCACGUGAUGACGGCCUUUCCAGGAGAUCAAGCGCUUCGUCCGAGAUUGCACCAGAUGAGGUUAUAGACAGCGACAGCGACGAUGGAAUGCGAAACACUUCGGUGCCGAAUGGCAAUUCUCGCCCUCCUUCGGCCGCGAUGCCACUGCCGCCUACCCAUCCGAACUAUCUUCCCCCGUUAGCCUCGCGGGAGGACAUCAAGAAGUUCUUCAUCGACGAGGGAAACUGGCGCUAUCUUCUUGGAACAUCUCUAAGUUGGCUGUUUCUGGAUUUCGCCUUCUAUGGUCUCGGUAUGUCAUCUCCUGACAUUGUCCGGUAUGUUUGGCCGGAUGAUGGGAACAAGGUAUAUGAGUCUCUACGCGACAACAGCAAGCAUUCUCUAGUCAUGGUCUCUAUUGGAGCAACCAUCGGCGGCGCUGCCAUGAUCAAAGUCAUCAAGUACGCGUCACCAAAGGUAAUCCAAUUCUGGGGAUUUAUCGUCCUGUUCGUCCUCUUGGUUGUCACUGGUGGUGCGUGGAAACAGCUACUGCAAGCAGACAAGGCCGGUCUCAUUAUUCUCUACAUUUUGUGUCAGAUUGCAUUCAAUCUAGGCCCGAAUGUGACUACAUUUAUUAUACCAGCGGAGAUCUUUCCAACGCGAUAUCGUUGCACAUGCCAUGGCAUCGCUGCAGCAUCUGGAAAGCUCGGCUCCUGGCUUGCACAACUUCUAAUAGCCUACCCAUUCCAUGUCAACGGCCAGAAAGACACAUGGAAGCGAGAGAACUUCGGCUACGUUCUUUUGGUCAUGAGUGUAUUCAUGUUGGCCGGCGCGGUGACGACGUACUUUUUAGUCCCAGAGACACGAGAUCACGAUAACAAGAGUCGAACGUUGGAAGUGUUGGCUGGUGGAAGAAUAGUGCUCAAGGAGUUAAAUCAGCAAAGGCGGAUCGAAGAGGAUUAG